CACGCGCGUCACGUGCACAUAUCGCAGCACAUCUCGUAAUUGCAAUUUUUCUCCACAUUAGUGCUGACAUAAUCAAUAUGCGAUUGUCUUGCCCGAGUGUAUGCCAGUGUAAGUAUUACCUUCCCCCUGCCCUUCGCAAUCGAUGAUGCGCAACACACUGAAAAAGAUGAUCAGUGCUCGCCAGAUCGCACGGGACAGGGGCCGCGAGGUUCGAUAUCGACCCAGCGAUCAGGAGUUUUCCUGGCUGGCUAGAUCCACCACUGCCAUCGAUGACUUUCUCGACGCAUGCGACAUCGAUAUUGCUAAGUACGCGUCAUUAAAAGCUUCUGUCCGUGCUGCUGCCAAGGAGCACCUUGUCCUCGGUCUUCCUGCCCGAGAACAAGACAGUGAAAGCAUAAAAACCGUCAUGAGUGCUGUUCUCCAAACUCACCCUUGGCUUAGGACAUAUGAGAGAAACUGGCCUGCGAUGUUAUACCUCCACCGGUACUUGAAAUCAAGGACCAGGUUCAGGACGUCCUCUCAAAAAACUCAACCUCCUCCCUAUAGAAGGAAACAAUCAUCCAGUCGACCUUCUUCGCCUGUUCUUUCCCAUGCAGAUGCGUUGGCAUCCACUUCCCCGCAACCGGAACAACCACCGAAUAUACCCGACCCUGCUAUUGUGUCCGGCAAAGGCGUCGUAAGGCAGUUUCUCCAGUUGGCCAGCCCUUCUCUGGAAGCCUAUAUCGACGCCUUCGUCAUGCUUGGCAUUCGCGACCAAGCCUCUCUGCAGGGGUUCCUCUCCUGGCCCCCGAACGCACGCGUUCAAUGGCUCAAUGAGGAGAACGGAAUCUUGCGCAUGUCACGCCUGGAAGUCGGUUCUUUCUUACUUCAUUGUGAAAAUACCGCCCGCAGAUAUGUAACGUAA